AUGCCAGCAACUACGGAGAUGACAAGUCUGCUUACAACAGACAUUAAAACUGAAGCAACCACGGAGAUAACAAGUCUGCUUACAACAGACAUUACAACUGAAGCAACCACGGAGGUGACAAGUCUGCUUACAACGGACAUUACAACUGAAGCAACCACGGAGGUGACAAGUCUGGGCACAACAGACAUUACAACUGAAGCAACCACAGAGGUGACAAGUCUGGGGACAACUGACAUAACCACUGAAGCAACCACAGAGGUGACAAGUCUGGGGACAACUGACAUAACCACUGAAGCAACAACAGAAGUGACAAGUCUGGGGAUAACUGCCAUAACCACUCCAGGUACAACAGAGGCGACAAGUCUGGGGACAACUGCCAUAACCACUCCAGGUACAACAGAGGUGACAAGUCUGGGGACAACAGACAUAACCAAUCCAGAAACAACAGAGAUCACAAGUCUGGGGACAACUGACAUAAGCACUCCAGGUACAACAGAGGUGACAAGUCUGGGGACAACAGACAUAACCACUGCAGCAACCACAGAGGUGACAAGUCUGGGGACAACAGACAUAACCACUGCAGCAACCACAGAGGUGACAAGUCUGGGGACAACAGACAUAACCACACGAGGAACAACAGAGGUGACAAGUCUGGGGACAACGGACAUAACCACUGAAGCAACCACAGAGGUGACAAGUCUGGGGACAACGGACAUAACCACUCCAGGUACAACAGAGGUGACAAGUCUUGGGACAACUGACAUAACUACUCAAGGUACAACAGAGGUGACAAGUCUGGGGACAACUGACAUAACCACUGAAGCAACCACAGAGGUGACAAGUCUGGGGACAACAGACAUAACCACUCUAGCAACAACAGAGGUUACAAGUCUGGGGACAACUGACAUAACCACUCCAGGAACAACAGAGGUGACAAGUCUGGGGACAACGGACAUAACCACUCCAGAAACAACAGAAGUGACAAGUCUGGGGACAACUGACAUAACCACUCGAGGUACAACAGAGGUGACAAGUCUGGGGACGACAGACAUAACCACUGCAGAAACAAUAGAAGUGACAAGUCUUGGGACAACAGACAUAACCACUCCGGGUACAACAGAGGUGACAAGUCUGGGGACAACGGACAUAACCACUCCAGAAACAACAGAAGUGACAAGUCUGGGGACAACUGACGUCACCACUCCAGUUACAACAGAGGUGACAAGUCUGGGGACAACUGACAUAACCACUCUAGAAACAACAGAGGUGACAAGUCUGGGGACAACUGACAUAACUACCCUAGCAACCACAGAGGUGACAAGUCUUGGGACAACUGACGUCACCACUCCAGGUACAACAGAGGUGACAAGUCUGGGGACAACAGACAUAACCACUGAAGCAACCACGGAGGUGACAAGUCUGCUUACAACAGACAUUACAACGGAAGCAACCACGGAGAUAACAAGUUUGGGUACAACAGACAUUACAACUGAAGCAACCACAGAGGUAACAAGUCUGGGUACAACAGAUAUUACAACUGAAGCAACCACAGAGGUGACAAGUCUGGGUACAACAGACAUUACAACUGAAGCAACCACAGAGAUGACAAGUCUGGGCACAACAGACAUUGCAACUGAAGCAACCACGGAAAUGAAAAGUCUGGGUACAACACUUAUUUCCACUCAGGCAACCACAGAGGUGACAAGUCUGGGUACAACAGACAUUACCGCUGCACCAACUACAGAUAUUAUUACUACUGUAACAACACCGGUAUCAACCAUUGAGACAACAGAAAUUAAAACUCCUGUAACAACACUGAUAUCAACCAUUGAGACAACGGACAUUACCACCCCUGUAACAACGCCGAUAUCAACCAUUGAGACAACAGAAUUUACAACCCUUGUAACAACACCGAUAUCAACCAUUGAGACAACAGAAAUUACCACCCCUGUGACAACAUCGGUUUCAACCAUUGAGACAACAGAAAUCACCACCCCUGUAACAACACCGAUAUCAACCAUUGAGACAACAGAAAUUACAACUCCUGUAACAACACCGGUAUCAACCAUUGAGACAACAGAAAUCACCACCCCUGUGACAACAUCGGUUUCAACCAUUGAGACAACAGAAGUUGCCACUCCUGUAACAACACCGAUAUCAACCAUUGAGACAACAGAAAUUACAACUCCUGUAACAACACCGACAUCAACCAUUGAAACAACAGAAAUUACAACUCCUGUAAUAACACCUAUAUCAACCAUUGAGACAACAGAAAUUACAACUCCUGUAACAACACCGACAUCAACCAUUGAAACAACAGAAAUUACAACUCCUGUAACAACACCGAUAUCAACCAUUGAGACAACAGAAAUCACCAUUCCUGUAACAACACCGGUAUCAACCAUUGAGACAACAGAAAUUACCAGUCCUGUAACAACACCGGUAUCAACCACUGAGACAACAGAAAUUACCACCCCUGUCACAACAGUGGUUCCAACCACUCUUGUAACACCUUUGGUAUCAACCAUUGAGACAACAGAAAUAACCACUCCUGUUGUAACACCAAUAUCAACCAUUGAGACAACAGAAGUUGCCACUCCUGUAACAACACCGAUAUCAACCAUUGAGACAACAGAAAUUACCAGUCCUGUUACAACAACGACAUCAAGCAUUGAGACAACAGAAAUUACCACCCCUGUGACAACACCGGCAUCAACCAUUGAGACAACAGAAAUUACAACUCCUGUAACAACACCGAUAUCAACCAUUGAGACAACAGAAAUUACCACUCCUGUUACAACAACGAUAUCAAGCAUUGAGACAACAGAAAUUACAACUCCCGUAACCACACCAGUAUCAACCAUUGAGACAACAGAAAUUACCACUCCUGUAACAACACCGGUAUCAACCAUUGAGACAACAGAAAUUACCACCCCUGUAACAACACCAACAUCAACCAAUGAGACAACAGAAAUUACACCUCCUGUAACAACACCUGUAUCCACCAUUGAGACAACAGAAAUUACCACCCCUCAAACAAGUCUGGUAUCAACCAUUGAGACAACAGAACUUCCCAAUCCUAUAACAACUAAAAUGUAUUACAACUUUAGGGACAACGCCUACAGUAACAGACAUUUCGUCUCAUCGGACAGACAUUACAACUCCUGUAACGCCAACAGCGAACCCUACAGCAACAACAGCGAACCCUACAGUAACAACAGCGAACCCUACAGCAACAACAGCGAACCCUACAGUAACAGUACAUUCGUCAACAUUGACAGAUUCUGUCCGUACAGGACCAACGAAGUUCACUACAGGGGUGACAACAACGAGAGUAACAGACACCUCGUCACCUUUAACAGAUAUGAACACAUCACCAACGUCACAGAUGCCAACAUCAGGAACUACAGGUGUUUCAUCUGCCAAGUCUACAGAAACGUCCGCGACGACAAUGUUAACAGCAAGGACACCAGACGCUUUGUCUCAUCAAACUGA